AUGGCUUCCGCCGAUGCUUAUACUGCACCUUUCAUGCUCACCAAGAGUAUGCACCGAGAUGUCUAUCCGGCAGUUGACCCCAAGAUCAACCCCGAAUUAGAUGGUAGUUCCAAGGUCGUUAUGAUCUUUGGUGCAACUAGUGGGCUUGGCUACGCUAUUGCAAAAUCUUGGAGCAUUGCCAGAGCUCGAGGCAUUGUCCUGGUAGGCCGCAAUCGUGGCGAUCUCGAAAAUGUUAAGAAGGACCUCGCUACAGACUCGGAGGUGUUGGUGAUCGCCGCGAAUGUGACUUCAGUAUCCGAGACAGAUGCAGCAUUUGAAACAGCUCUUGGGAAAUUCGGCCGGGUCGAUGUCGUUAUCAACGCGUUUGGCGUGAUGAAAACUGCUCCGAUCGGUGCCCAGGAUCCCGGCGCCUGGUGGGAGAAUUUCGACACGAAUGUUAGAGGUGUCUACAACGUAUGCCACUCAUACAUCAAUGCAGCCGGCGGCAAGGGCACUAUCGUCAACCUGGUUAGUCUGGCGGCGUCUUUCGUAGCUCCUGCUAUGUCUGGCUACAGUGCAUCGAAGCUAGCUGUCAUUAAGCUCGGCGAGUGCCUCCAGGUGGAGCAACCAGGAAUCCGUGUGUUUUCUGUCCAUCCCGGUAUGGUUGUCGCCGACAGUGGUCGUGGUAUGAUCAUCGAGGCCUUUGCCCCAUUCACGAAGGAUACGGCAGCCCUGACGGGCGGCUUGACUCUCUUUCUUGCCACUCCCCGAGCCGAUUUCUUGAAUGGGGGCUACAUUCACGCAAACUGGGAUGUCCGGGAGUUAGAGCACAACAAAAAGGAAAUCGUCGAGAAAAAGCUUGUCGCACUAGGUUUCCUGAAUGGUCAGCUUAGAGAAGGUGGUUAUCCUUGGACUGGCGUAUAG